AAUGGCGAGUUCUUCAUGUCUCCUAAUGACUUUGUCACACGGUACUUGAAGAUAAUUGGAGAUGGUUCGUCUAAUGCAAGCACUGUACAGCUCCUUGCAGGUGUGGUGGAUCAGACAAAAGAUGGGUUGAUAUCCUUUCAAGAGUUUGUGGCAUUUGAAUCAGUCCUGUGUGCUCCAGAUGCAUUGUUCAUAGUAGCCUUUCAGCUGUUUGACAAGACUGGCAAAGGAGAAGUUACUUUUGAGGAUGCUAAGCAAGUUUUUGGCCAGACCACGAUUCAUCAGCACAUUCCUUUCAACUGGAAUUCAGAGUUUGUACAGCUGCAUUUUGGAAAGGACAGGAAAAGACACCUAACAUACCCGGAGUUUACCCAGUUUUUACUGGAGAUACAGUUAGAACAUGCAAAACAAGCUUUUGUCCAGAGAGACAAUGAUCAGUCUGGAAGAGUCACAGCUAUGGACUUCAGGGACAUUAUGGUCACUAUCCGGCCACACAUGCUAACACCAUUUGUAGAAGAAUGUCUAGUAGCUGCUGCUGGAGGUACCACUUCCCAUCAGGUCAGCUUUUCCUAUUUUAAUGGAUUUAAUUCUCUCCUUAACAACAUGGAGCUCAUUAGAAAGAUCUACAGUACUCUGGCUGGAAACAGAAAAGAUGUGGAAGUCACUAAGGAGGAGUUUGUUCUGGCAGCUCAGAAAUUUGGUCAGGUUACACCCAUGGAAGUUGACAUCUUGUUUCAGUUAGCAGAUCUGUAUGAGCCACGAGGGCGCAUGACUUUAGCGGAUAUUGAAAGAAUUGCUCCUCUGGAGGAGGGGACAUUGCCCUACAACCUGGCUGAGGCCCAGAGGCAGAAAGCUCCAGGAGAUCCGUCUCGACCUAUUCUCAUCCAGAUUGCAGAAUCAGCCUACAGGUUUGCCCUUGGUUCAGUUGCUGGAGCUGUUGGAGCCACUGCAGUCUACCCCAUUGAUUUGGUAAAAACUCGAAUGCAAAACCAGCGCUCUACAGGCUCUUUUGUGGGAGAGCUGAUGUACAAAAACAGCUUUGAUUGCUUCAAGAAAGUGCUGCGUUAUGAGGGCUUCUUUGGACUUUAUAGAGGUCUGUUGCCACAGCUAUUAGGAGUAGCACCAGAGAAGGCCAUAAAACUUACUGUUAAUGAUUUUGUGAGAGAUAAGUUUAUGACUAAAGAUGGCUCUGUCCCACUGGCUGCAGAAAUUCUUGCUGGUGGCUGUGCUGGAGGUUCUCAAGUGAUCUUCACCAAUCCACUGGAAAUCGUCAAGAUUCGAUUACAGGUGGCUGGAGAAAUUACCACAGGCCCACGAGUUAGUGCCCUCACUGUAUUGCGGGACCUGGGCUUCUUUGGGCUCUACAAGGGUGCCAAGGCCUGUUUUUUGCGUGACAUCCCCUUCUCAGCCAUUUACUUCCCCUGUUAUGCUCAUUUGAAAGCUUCAUUUGCCAACGAAGAUGGGAGGGUUAGCCCUGGAAAUCUGCUCUUGGCUGGAUCGAUAGCUGGUAUGCCUGCAGCCUCUCUGGUGACACCUGCAGAUGUCAUCAAAACAAGGCUACAGGUGGCAGCCCGAGCAGGACAGACCACCUACAGUGGUGUUGUAGACUGCUUUGCCAAGAUCCUUCGAGAGGAAGGUCCAAAGGCCCUGUGGAAAGGAGCAGGAGCUCGGGUGUUUCGGUCUUCUCCUCAGUUUGGUGUAACUCUGGUGACCUAUGAGCUGCUGCAGAGGUGGUUCUAUGUAGACUUUGGAGGAGUAAAACCAGCUGGAUCAGAGCCAGUUCCUAAAUCUAGGAUCACUCUCCCUGCUCCCAAUCCUGACCAUGUUGGUGGUUAUAAAUUGGCAGUUGCCACUUUUGCAGGGAUUGAAAACAAGUUUGGACUUUACCUACCUCAGUUUAAGCCAUCGCCACCUACCUCAAAGGCUGCUGCAGCAGUAGGACCCUAA